AUGGGGGUGAGGAGGUUAGUGCGGGUGAUGGGGGUGAGGAGGUUAGUGCGGGUGGGGGGUGAGGAGGUUAGUGCGGGUGAUGGGGGUGAGGAGGUGAGUGCGGGUGAUGGGGUGCGGGUGAUGGGGGUGAGGGUGAGUGCGGGUGAUGGGGGUGAGGAGGUGAGUGCGGGUGAUGGGGGUGAGGAGGUUAGUGCGGGUGAUGGGGGUGAGGAGGUUAGUGCGGGUGAUGGGGGUGAGGAGGUUAGUGUGGGUGAUGGGGGUGAGGAGGUUAGUGCGGGUGAUGGGGGUGAGGAGGUUAGUGCGGGUGAUGGGGUGCGGGUGAUGGGGGUGAGGAGGUUAGUGCGGGUGAUGGGGGUGAGGAGGUUAGUGCGGGUGAUGGGGGUGAGGAGGUUAGUGCGGGUGAUGGGGGUGAGGAGGUUAGUGCGGGUGAUGGGGGUGAGGGUUAGUGCGGGUGAUGGGGGUGAGGAGGUUAGUGUGGGUGAUGGGGGUGAGGAGGUUAGUGUGGGUGAUGGGGUGUGGGUGAUGGGGGUGAGGGUUAGUGCGGGUGAUGGGGGUGGGGUGUGGGAUGGGGUGAGGGUUAGUGCGGGUGAUGGGGGUGAGGAGGUUAGUGUGGGUGAUGGGGGUGAGGAGGUUAGUGCGGGUGAUGGGGUGUGGGUGAUGGGGGUGAGGAGGUUAGUGCGGGUGAUGGGGGUGAGGGUUUGGGUGAGGGUUAGUGCGGGUGAUGGGGGUGAGGAGGUUAGUGCGGGUGAUGGGGGUGAGGAGGUGAGUGCGGGUGAUGGGGGUGAGGAGGUUAGUGCGGGUGAUGGGGGUGAGGGUUAG